AUGGCUUCCCUAUCCUUGUUUUCCUUUUUCUGUAUGUUUUCGUUUCUAUUGGGGAUGGCACAUGCAGAGCUCUCACCCAACUUCUAUGCAAGUUCAUGUCCUAGGGCUCUCUCUACCAUUCGAACUGCAGUAAACAAUGCAGUGGCCAAAGAGCGCCGCAUGGGGGCCUCAUUGCUCCGCCUUCAUUUCCAUGAUUGUUUUGUAUUGGGAUGUGAUGCUUCUAUAUUAUUGGAUGACACUGCAAACUUUACUGGAGAGAAGACAGCAGGACCAAAUAAUAACUCUUUGAGAGGAUAUGAUGUGAUCGACACCAUUAAAUCUCAAAUGGAAAGCUUGUGCCCUGGAGUUGUUUCUUGUGCAGAUAUUGUAGCUGUGGCAGCUCGUGACUCUGUUGUUGCUUUGGGUGGCCCAACAUGGACUGUGCAAUUGGGCAGAAGAGAUUCAACCACGGCGAGCUUAAGUACUGCUAACGCUGACCUCCCUGCCCCGACCUCAGAUCUUGAUGUUCUUAUAUCUCUCUUCUCCAACAAGGGCUUCACUACCCAGGAAAUGGUGGCUCUCUCAGGAACUCAUACCAUAGGUAAAGCACAAUGCAUAAAAUUUCGGUAUCGAAUUUACAACGAGACCAACAUCGAUGCUGUAUUUGCAAAAUCAAAACAGAAAAUCUGCCCAUGGACAGGUGGGGAUGAGAAUCUGUCUGAUAUGGAUGAAACGACUACUGUUUUCGAUACUGUUUAUUUCAAGGAUUUGAUAGAGAAGAAGGGUCUGUUGCACUCAGACCAACAACUUUACAAUGGUAACUCCACAGAUUCCAUGGUCGAAACCUACAGCACCGACUCUACCACUUUCUUUACCGAUGUGGCCAACGCCAUGGUUAAAAUGGGAAAAUUGAGUCCCCUGACCGGCACUGAUGGAGAGAUCAGGACAAACUGCAGGAAAAUCAAUGGAUAA